GUGUGUGUGUGUCAGAGAGCGAUGCAUUGUGGGUGUGAUGUAGUGAGCGCCAUAUUGACAUGGGAUCAGAAUAUUUAUGGAACUUGGAACUUUUGGUUAGGAUGAUGUACAGUUAUAAUAGAUUUUGGCAACAAGAAUUAUUUCAUUGUCAAUACUACUUGUUGGCAAAUUACAAUUACAAAGAGGAUCGCCAAUAACUGUAUCAUUAUUGUUGUUAUUAUUUUAUAAUCUGAUCUGAGUGUGUAAAUUAUACUCUUUCAAUUUCUCUACUCACGUUACCUCUUUUUUUUGACAGCUUUAUAAAAAUCUCCCCAUCUAGACUUGUUUAUUAUUACUACUAGUACUACUACUAUUACUAUUACUUACUUACUUACAUUUGUUUCCGUACAAAACAAAAUUCCAACAUAUAAACAACAAAAAAAAAACAAACACAAAAACACAAACACGAAACAAAACAAAAAAAGCACUUAAGAAAAAAAUCGACACCCCAGAAAAUGAGUUCUGUUGACAACAAGAAAACAAAGCGUCGAAAAAAUAAGAAAAAUGUGACUGUCAAAAACGUGGUCAAUUUCAAUCACGUCGUCUCUAAUAAUUUGACGGUGACCACCACGACCUCCACCUCCACCUCCACUACGACAACAACGUCGUCGUCGUCGUCCUCUUCUUCUUCUUCUUCGACGCCGCCACCAAGCUCUGGUGGUGGUUGUGCCACUCCUGCCUCUGCCUCGUCAACGUCGGAUGUCAUAUAUCAGCAACAAACUCUGCCAACGCAAACACCUAAUGACAGUACUUGUGAAAUCCAGAAGGAAAAUCGGACAUUACCGGUGCUGCUAAGUAACAGGGGACUAAAUUCUUAUAUGGAUAAGGAUAAGUGCCUUUUGUGUAGUUGUGAGAAGCAAGCGUCUUUGCCUCAAGCUGAUUGGAUGAAAUCUGAUAGUGAAAAAGUUGUAAAGCAUCAGGAAGCUAUUAACCAUUCUUCAAAGCAUAUAAAUUCAAAAUCUUUACCAAUUCUAAAAGAAAUGAAUUCUUCAUCAAAUAAUGAUUCAAAUUCUAAUGGGUUGGUUUGUUCCUGUGUUACAUGUCUGGAAAGAAGGUUAUAUACAAGAGAUACACACCAACUAUUUAUGCGGUUAGAAUCGCAGGCUAAAGAAUUUGUGAUAGAAAAAAGAGAGAAGCUGUUAGAACAAUUAGAUAUUGAAUACAGGUGUCCUAAUGAAGCAAGGGAUUUUGUUUUUCUCCUUUUUGAUGAAUAUAGACAAUUAUGUCAAGCUGCAUCUAAAGUAUCGGACAUAUUAACUGAACUGGAGAAAGAUCAUUGGAAGAAAUUUGAUGUUACGUGGGAUUUUUACAAUCGUCAUUUGUUUCACUCUAUUGUGUAUACAAAUCCAUCUAUUCAAGACAAUUGGCCAGCAGUACUGAAGCAACUGAAUUCAACUGCAACAACUGAUGCAAAUGGUGUUGAAUCCUAUCCUAGUCUAUCUGACCGUAGCAGUAAAUUUGGAGAGGAUAUGGAGAAAGUAUCACUCAUGUGGAAGUGUCGGCAAAAGCUUAUUGCAUCAUACAAUGAUGAACAGCAGUCACUGAAAAUGAGGCAUAAAAUACUUGCUGAAGAUUGGGAAUUUUUCAAGAAACAAAGGAAAUUACUUGAAAAGAGUGUGUCUGAAAAUGCUGAUAGUUCUGGGAGCUGCUUAUGUCACGAAAAUUCUUCAGAUCAUGUAAAUAUCUGCUGUCAGCUACCAAGUGAUAAAUGUGAAUCUGCAGUCCCUCAUCAGCAUCUUGGUUUUCUGCAUGAUUCUAACUAUUGUGUGGCAGAUGUUAGUGCUGCCUCUAUAUCCAGUACAACAUCUAGUAGUUGUUCCUCAAGUCCUGUGAUUGAUUUAGAUCAGUUACCACUUAGCAUAGAUGAAUGUUCUCAGCCUCUUCAAAAUGGUGAUGCUGAAAAUAAUGAUAGUCAGUCUGAUAUUGAUGAAGAUGAAGUAAUAGAUGAUGAAGACGGAGAACACCACAAAGGAACUAAUUUGGGUUUAGAUAAUGCUAAUACAAUUGCACAGAUGACAAAUGGAAUAUUAGAUAUUUCCAUAUUUUCAUGGGAAGAUGAUAAAAAACAAAAUGGUUCUGCUUUGGAUGGAACUGCUGAAAACUGUGACUAUCAUCGUUAUAUUACUACAAACUCAGAAAAACUUAUUAAAUCUGAUGACAACCAGUGUCAGUGUCACUUUUGUUUACGCCAGCGAGGGAACACUGUUUCAACUUCACUACCUCAGCAUGUUCCUAUUCUCCCAAGACCAGCACAUCUUCAUCUUUAUCCACAUAUUCACGGACCUUCUGGCUUGCAUGGCCUUCAUGGAAGUGCCGCUGCUGCUGCUGCCGCUGCUGCUGUGAAUGGUGGUAGCAAUACUGGUUGCAGUAGUAGUAGCAGCAGCAGCAGCAACAAUAACACUAACAAUAGCAAUAUUAAUAAUAAUAAUGCAAACGGUAACACAAGCAUUGUUAAUGGAAGACCGUCGUCUCAUGCACGUGCUAUAUUGCAACCUCAGUGGGAUGUUGAAGUCGUACAACUUCGGCAACAGCCUAAAUUUAUUAUCUCACCUCAGUCGAAGUUACCUGUACAAUUGGUGCGUUCUAAUGCUACUGCGUUAACCGAUCACGAACACACUUACCAAGGGGAUUGGGAGAACACUCAAUUGUACCCUAGGUUAUUACUUGAUACUCAUAAGUAUGAUGAGAGCAUAAAUGGUGAGUUACUGCCAUGUACGUCAUCGCUUGUCAGAAGUUCGUCAUCGUCAUCACCGUCAUCAUCAUCAUCAGAAUCAGGGUUGCCUUCCCAAGGAGCUGUGAUCGAAACAUUGCCAUCUAAUCAUCUCUCAUCUAGCCUUGAAUCAUCUUCAAUUGAAGUGCAAGUUACGGUGCAGCAAACUGAGCUUCUCCAACCACAAGAAUCCUCACAGCAGCCAUCCCUCCCCUUCUCUUCUGCCACUCCUUCAUCUACAUCACAAUCUGCAACUACGUUAGUGUGUAGCAAGGUACACAAGUGCAACAAUCAGAAUGGUUCCAUCAAAAGCCAUUCGUGUAAUCGUCCAGCUACCCUUGGUGGAAACAGUUCAUCUCAUAAUGAAAAGGUUCACAACCAACACUGCAAGAAGUAUGGGGCUAACCCAGGAGGUGCUGAGAUAAGUCCAAGAAACGCCAAUAUAGUCAAAGAAGAUUCAUCUCAUCAGUCUCGCAAUUAUACUAAUGCAAUGCUUGGUCAGUAUUCAUGUACGCAUAAUAAUAACAACAACAAUAAUUUACGUAACAGCAAUGGGCAUGCUUACCAGAAUCCUGGUACAGUUGAUUCUGGCUUGUGUGUAAAUGCUGUUCCCAUGCCAACCACAUUGAAUAACGUCAGUGUGGGUACAUCAACAAUGUGUACAGAUCCAGAUUGUGUUGUCCACCAAGAAGAUAAUGAUGACAGUGUCGAUGAUAGCUGUUCAGAGCAAAGUUCCUCAACCUCCACAUCGAAUCAAAAGGAAGGAAAAUAUUGUGACUGCUGUUAUUGUGAAUUCUUUGGACAUGGAACUCCACCAAAAGCACCCACUAGUCAUAAAUUCUAUGAAAUGCGAGAAAAACUACAGUUGAAACUUAGAAGACGGAAAGAAGCCAAGGUACAGAAGAAGUCUGAUGAUGACCAGGUUCCCUAUCUUCUCGACCAAAGAGGUUUAGAUGAUCUAGUACGUUACAUUAAUGGUUAUGAUGACUCAAACUGGGCUAAAUCAACAUCAAAUACAGAGAAAUCUUCAACUACAAAAGCAGCUAAGCGAAAGAAACAGAAGCAACGAAAGGCAAAAGAAAGAGCCAAGCUAGAAGUGCAGCAAUGUGAUAAAACUUACCUAAUGAAUGAUUACCCAAACGGGCAGUGUCAGAUUGCACAGUUGUGUAACAACUCUAACUUGUUAGUGAAAUUAAAAAAGAAGCGUGUUAAACACAAGGUUUUAUAUUUACAAGGAGAGUAUUCUGAUGAUGAAGAUGAUGAUGAUGACGAUGAUGAUGAAGAAGAAGUUGAGUUACCAAACGGGCAUAUGGAUGAGGCAGAAGAUGAAGAUAACGAGAGGCUGGAAGAGAAAAGAUCAUGCUUAGAUGGGAAAUGUCAAGGUAAUGUAUCAUCAACCAAGUUAAAAACUGAAAAUUGCCAUGUGAGAAAGAACAUUUCUGAAAAUCACCAAAAACAGCUGUCCAAGCAACAACAGCAACAGCUGCAGCAAUUACACCACCACCACCACCACCACCACCAGCAGCAGCAACAGCAGCAGCAGCAACAACAACAACAACAACAGCAGCAGCAGCACCACCAACAGCAACAAUACAUAUUACAACCUAAAGAAGAUUUAAAAUUAUCUGCUGAUCUGAACUUGGUACCAAAUAAGUGUCUACCUAAGAAAGGUAAAAUUUCUGGGAAAAUCACCUCUACUUCUAAGACAGGCUCUAAAUCCUGCCCUCAGGAAGACAUCAGCUCUCCUUCUGUUAUUCCAACACAAACAUUAAGUAAUUCAAAUUCCAGUUCAGAGAAAUCACAUUGUAAAACAGUUACAACAAACAAUAUUACACAAGAAAUGUCAAAUGUCAAACCAGUUUCAGACUGUGCUACUAAAAAAAGCCGAAGGAGUGUUGAAAAGCCAGCAGUAAGUAGUCAGAGUAAAUCUCAUGCUGGCAAUGUUACUAAGUCUACAUUGAAAGUUCACAAUGGUAACCAGUUGCCAACAACAGUGUUGCCCAAUUCCUCCUUGUCAUCAUCGUCUUCUUUGUGCUCAUCAGGACUGCUCACAGAACAGAAGUCCAAUAGAGAUCAACCAAACAAAAUAUGUGUUGAACAAAAAACGUCUGAAGAUAAACUCUCCAAAACCAAAAAUGUAAAUAAAAAAUUGGUUGAAAAUGUACCCACUCCCAAAAUUACUGAUCAGAAUAAAUUGAAUGGAAAAAACAAAAGAAAUAAGAAAAAGAAUAAAAAUAGUGACAGUAGUUUUGUGGAAGACGUUUUUUUACCUAAAUCUGAAUCAGAUCUUGAAAAUGGUGAAAUGGAUGAAGUGGAAAGAGAAUUAGAAGAAUUUAAAAGGUUCUGUUUGGAUUCAACUUCGCAGAAGAAGGGGAAACUCCAAGUGAAUAUGAAUAUUAAAGAUAUCUUUAAUAAAAGAAAAACAGUCACCUGUACAUGAAUAUCAACUUAGCUGUGAUUGGCUGAAUAUCCAUUGUUUUGUGCUGUGAUUGGCUGAACAAUACUAAUUAAUUCAUAAAGAAAAUGGAUUGGUUCAAAUUGAUUACUAUGUUGGGUAGCUUGGCCACUUUGUAAAACAUCUCUUGUUAUUGGGCGAAGCAAUGUUUGCUAAUUCACUUUUGUCUCAUCACACUUUAAAUUUUCUUACAACACACUCAAAGAACUGUAAAUGUGUAGAAGGGCUGAUACUAUAGACUUUGUGUUGAUGUUUAGAGACAAGCUUUUUAAUAGCUUGCAAUAUCUUUUCAACGGCCAUGGCAAGUUGCUGAGCAGCUUGUUGCAACACCAAGUCUUGGUGCUAUCAAUCCUAACACUAUUUCUAAUUACCAGCUUAUCAAGAAUGGCACCAACACCAACCAUAACUGCAUUUCAAGAUGUUGCAUAAUGACAUUACACAUGAUAAAAACUCUUGAAAUUGAGAAAAAAAAAUCUAUAUAACAAUAAUAAUUGGUCAUUUUAUAAUCAGACUGAUUUAAACAUUUUCCCUGGAACAUAGUUACAUGUAAGAUAAGUACAACUAGUUUUAAGAUUUAAAAUGGAAGCUUUCUCUAGGAUCCAAAGAAAAUUCUAUCACUUGUGUCAAGCUCUAAACCUUUCAUAGUAAAAAUGGCUUUCAAACUGAUUUGGAAGUGUUUAGAGUGGAUGUUUUGAUUUUUUAAAAAAUGAAGAAAAAAAAGAUAAAAAGAGAAACUAUACUGAGAAAGAAACUAUUCUAUAGUGGCAGCUUCAAUUUCUAGAUUUGCUUGCUGCUUCCCUUCAAUAAAAUUAUUGUACAACUUUUA